AUGCCUAGUCCUGACGCAAUUAAUAGGAUAAGUUAUAUAUCCCUUGUCACUAGUGAUAUUGAUAAAUUCAAUCAAACAUUCCAAUUUUAUAGUCAAUUGGGAUUUAGAUUAACGAAAAGUUUUUCGAAAAUUUCAAGUUAUGGAUCAGGAUUAGGUGAUAAUCAUCCAGAAUUCCAAUUAGGAGUUUCUCAUGAUUCACUUAAAGAAGCAUGGUUAGAAUCUUAUCCAUUACAAAAUAUUGAUAAUAAUGGUAAUCUUCGUCCUUGGCAAGAAAUGGAAAUUUAUGAUGGUGAUAAUUGUCAAAGAUUAAAUGAAUCAACUGUUAUUAAAAUUAGAUUACUUAAUGAAAAAUUUUUUUUAAAUUCAUCAAUUCCUCAACAAAAACAAUUUGUAUUUUUCACUACUCAAUUGAAUCAAAUUGAAAAUAUUUUAAAUAAUUUAAAUAUUAAAUAUGGGAAAAUUAUUGAUAAUGUUAUUUUAACUGAAGAUCCUUUAAAUAAUAUUAUUAGUUUUUCUAAUACUGAAAAUGAAUUAUGUAAAACAAGAUAUUUAUCACCAGAAGAUUUUGUUGAAAAAACUACUACUGAAAUAUUGACCAAAAGAAAAAAACUUCAAUUGGAUUCCAAAUAUGGUUCAUUUGAAGAAAUUUCAUCAACUGAAGUUACUAAUGGUGGUAAUGGUGGUAAUGGUGGUAAUGGUGGUGGUGGUCGGAAAAAGAAAAUUGGGGUGAUGACAUCUGGUGGUGAUGCUCCAGGUAUGAAUCCAGCAGUUCGAGCUGUUGUUAGAGCUGGUAUUUAUUAUGGUUGUGAUGUUUAUGCAGUUUAUGAAGGAUAUGAAGGAUUAGUUAAAGGAGGUGAUCUUUUAAAAAAAAUGGAAUGGAGUGAUGUUCGUUCUUAUAUGUCACUUGGUGGUACUUCAAUUGGUACUGCUAGAUGUAAAGAAUUUAGAGAAAGAACAGGAAGAUUACAAGGAGCAUAUAAUAUGAUUAAAAAUGGUAUUGAUGCAUUAGUUGUAUGUGGUGGUGAUGGUUCAUUAACUGGUGCUGAUUUAUUUAGAAGUGAAUGGCCAUCACUUGUUAAAGAAUUAGUAGAUAGUGGAAGAUUAACUAAAGAAGAAGUUUCUCCUUAUGAACAUCUUACUAUUGUUGGAUUAGUUGGUUCCAUUGAUAAUGAUAUGUCGGGUACUGAUGUUACUAUUGGUGCUUUUUCUGCAUUAGAAAGAAUCACAGAAAUGGUUGAUUAUAUUGGUGCCACUGCUGCUUCUCAUUCUCGUGCUUUUGUUGUUGAAGUUAUGGGUAGACAUUGUGGUUGGUUAGCUUUAUUAUCUGGUUUAGCUACUGGAGCUGAUUUUGUUUUCAUUCCUGAACGACCACCUAAAGCUGGAUUAUGGAAAGAACAAUUAAAAGAAGUAUGUUUAAGACAUAGAGAAUAUGGUAGAAGAAAAACUACAGUUAUUGUUGCUGAAGGAGCUAUUGAUGAUGAAUUAAAUCCAAUUACUUCAGAAGAAGUUAAACAAGUUUUAGUUGAUUUAGGAUUGGAUACAAGAAAUACCAUUUUAGGUCAUGUUCAAAGAGGUGGUACUGCUGUUGCUUAUGAUAGAAGAUUAGCCACUUUACAAGGGGUUGAAGCAGUUAAAGCAGUUUUAGAAAUGACUCCAGAAACUCCAUCACCAAUGAUUGGGAUAUUAAAACAUAAAAUUGUUAGAAUUCCUUUAGUUGAUGCAGUUAAACAAACUAAAGCUGUAGCUGAAGCCAUUAGUAAUAAAGAUUUUGAUAAAGCCAUGGGAUUAAGAGAUAAUAGUUUUUAUGAUGAUUAUAGAUAUUUCCGUGAUAUUUCCAUUUAUGAUGAUGGUAGUAAACAAUUGAAUGAAGAUAAAAGAUUAAAUAUUGCCAUUGUUCAUGUUGGUGCUGCUUCUGCUGGAUUAAAUGCUGCUACUCGUGCUGUAGCAUUAUAUAGUCUUUCUCGUGGUCAUAAAUUAUAUGCUAUACAAGAUGGAUUUACUGGAUUAGUCAAAGGUAAUUUGAAAAAUUUGACAUGGAUGGAUGUUGAAGGUUGGCAUAAUCUUGGUGGUUCAGAAAUUGGUACUAAUAGAUCUUUACCAUCACAAAAUUUUGGUCAAGUUGCUUAUAAUUUACAAAAAUAUAAUAUUCAAGGAUUAUUAAUUGUUGGUGGAUUUGAAGCUUUUACUUCAUUACAUGAAUUAUCUCAACAAAAAUCCAAUUAUCCAAUAUUUGAAAUCCCUAUGGUUGUUGUUCCAGCAACAGUUUCUAAUAAUGUUCCUGGUACAGAAUAUUCUCUUGGUUCUGAUACUUGUUUAAAUCAAUUAGUUUCAUAUUGUGAUGCAGUUCAACAAUCAGCUUCUUCUACUAGAAGAAGAGUAUUUGUUGUUGAAGUUCAAGGUGGUCAUAGUGGUUAUGUUGCCUCAUAUUGUGGAUUAAUAACUGGUGCUUUAGCCACUUAUACUCCGGAAUCAAAUAUAAAUUUAAGAGAAUUACAAGGAGAUAUUGAUUUAUUACAAAAAGUAUUUGCCACUGAUCGUGGUGAAGAUCAUAAUGGUACUCUUAUUGUUAGAAAUGAACAAGCUAGUGUUGUUUAUUCAACAGAAUUGAUUGCUAAUAUUCUUAAAGAAAAUGCUAAUAAACGAUUUGAAACUAGAACUGCAAUUCCUGGUCAUGUUCAACAAGGUUUUACUCCAAGUGCUAAUGAUCGUGUUAUGGCAGUUAAAUUUUCUUUAAAAGCUAUGGAAUUUAUUGAAACAAGAAAUGGUUGUUAUGAUAAACAGAAUCGUAAAUUUUCUGAUGAAGAAAUUAGUGAACAUUCUCAAGUUGUUAUUGGUAUUCAUGGAGAUGUUGUUAAAUUCACAUGUAUCAAACAUUUAUAUGAGAAUGAAGCUAAUGUUAUAUUAAGAAAAGGUAAAACAGUUCAUUGGACAGAUAUGAUUGAUGUGGCUAAUAUUUUGAAUGGUAAACUGUUGUUGAAAAAACAAGAAAGAUAUUAG